GAAAUGGGGAGAAGCGAUAUCAGUGACAGACAAAAAGAGAUUGAAGUUAGAAGGGGAAACGUGUAUUAAAAUCUUGUGUGGAAUCUUUUGAUGGUAAUAGAGGAACUGUAGCUCUGCAGAUUUGGAUUCUUCUUGUUUCAGAUUUUGGAGUCAAUUCAGUCCUGAGUGGCCACCAUGCCUUGUUACACAGUGACUGUGUCCACAGGGAGUCAAUGGUUCGCAGGUACAGAUGAUUAUAUCUACAUCACUCUGGUGGGCACGGAGAGAUGCAGCGAGAGGACACUGCUGGACAAACCUCUGUACAAUGACUUUGAGAGAGGGGCGGUGGAUUCCUAUGACGUGAGGGUCGAGGAGAACCUGGGUGAGAUUGUGUUGGUGAAGAUAGAGAAGAAGAAGUACUGGGUGCAGGAUGACUGGUACUGCAGGUACAUCACAGUCAAGACCCCCUCUGGAGACUAUAUUGAGUUCCCCUGUUUCCGCUGGCUGGUGGACGACAAGGAGGUGGUGCUACGGGAUGGAAGAGCACAUCUGCCUAUGAAUGAUAAGAUCAGCUUGGUGAAGCAGCACAGACAAAAAGAGCUCGAUAUGAGGAGGAAAACCUACAGAUGGAAGGAGUGGCAGCCAGGCUUUCCAAUGAGCAUAGAUGCAAACAGACACCGGGAUUUACCCCGAGACAUCCAGUUUGACAGUGAGAAGGGGGUGGACUUUGUUCUGAACUACAGUAAGGCAAUAGAGAACCUGUUCGUGAACCAGUUCAUGCACAUGUUUCAGUCCUCCUGGAGUGACUUCGGAGACUUUGAGAAAAUCUUUGUCAGAAUCAAAAACACAAUUUCAGAGUAUGUGAUGCAACACUGGAAGGAGGACUUUAUGUUCGGGUACCAGUUCCUAAAUGGUUGCAACCCCGUGGUGAUUAGAAAAUGCACCAAACUUCCUGACAAGUUUCCCGUCACUCAUGAGAUGGUUUCUGUCAGUUUGGAGAGAGAGAUGACUCUGGAGCAGGAAAUAGAGGCAGGUAACGUCUACAUGGCAGACUAUGAGGUGAUAGAGGGUAUCAGUGCUAACACCACAGACCCGUGCACACUGCAGUACCUAGCAGCUCCAAUCUGUCUGCUGUACAAGAACAUUCAGAACAAGAUCCUGCCCAUCGCCAUACAGCUUGGUCAGACUCCAGGUGAAGACACUCCAAUCUUCCUGCCCACUGACAGUCAGCAUGACUGGCUGCUGGCUAAGAUCUGGGUACGCUCGGCUGACUUCCAGCACCACCAGACUAUCACACACCUGCUCAGGACUCACCUGAUGACUGAGGUUUUUGCUAUUGCCAUGUACAGACAGCUGCCUGCUGUUCACCCUGUAUACAAGCUUCUUAUCCCACACAUUCGUUUCACCAUCGCUAUCAACACCAAGGCCAGAGAGCAGCUCAUCUGUGAAUGUGGCAUCUUUGACAAGGCCAAUGCUACAGGUGGAGGCGGUCACGUCCAGCUGAUCCAGAAGGCCAUGAAGUCUCUGACCUUCAGGUCUCUGUGCUUCCCGGAUAUGAUCAAGUCCCGCGGCGUAGACGAGAAGGACGAGCUGCCAACGUACUUCUACAGAGAUGACGGCUACAAGGUGUGGGAAGCCACCAAGAACUUUGUGUCUGAUGUGGUGAACAUCUACUACACCAGCGAUGAAACGGUGCAGGAAGACGAAGAAAUCCAGGCCUUCAUUAAAGAUGUGUGCAGCUUCGGUAUGCAGGACUACGAUCACUGUGAGUUCCCCAAGUCCCUGAAAACACGAGAUGAGCUGGCAGAGUAUCUGACUGUCGUUGUGUUCACUGCUUCGGCUCAACAUGCAGCUGUUAACUUUGGACAGUAUGACUGGUGUUCCUGGAUCCCAAAUGCUCCAUCCACCAUGCGAAGACCCCCGCCCAACCAGAAGGGCUUGGCAGAUGUGAACUUGAUAAUUGAGAGCCUCCCUGAUCGUGGUCGCUCCAGCUGGCACCUGGGGGCUGUCUGGGCCCUCAGCCAGUACCAGGAGAACGAGCUGUACCUGGGCAUGUAUCUUGAUGAGCACUUCAUAGAGAAGCCGGUGAAGGAGGCCAUGGAGAAGUUCAGGAAGCAGCUGGCUGAGAUAACCAGUUCCAUCAAGAAGAGGAACGAUGGGAAGAGGCUGCCUUACUACAACAUGUCUCCUGACAAAAUCCCAAACAGUGUCGCAGUUUGAGAUGUAAAAAUCUCUUCUUUAGAUAAGGGAGGUUUUCAAGUUUCUGCUUAAUAUUUUGUGAAACCUUGCUCAUAGUAUCAUACUGGCCAACUAUGCCGUUAGAAAACUCUUUAGAACCUGAUAUUCUGUGUAUCUGAAUUUUGACAUUUUGCAAAUGUCUUCUCUACCUUUACAUUUUUUGUCAUUUCUUAUUAUUAAAAUGUAUACUUAUGUAACUACAGAACAGAAUAACAACAAAAUGGUAAUUA